UGGCGUCCGCUGGUGCUACGGGGAAUUACAUUUGCACCUGUCACAAACAGUAGUUUAAUUUUCCGGAGGAUCCGCUGGAAAAAUUGAUCGCGCUUGGAAAGGAAAAUCCCUUUUCUUAUGGAUCGCUACGAUCGCCGGCGGAUAUUAUGAGAAGUCCCAAAGAUUGAAACGCGUUCUGAUGCAAAAUGAGUUCGUCGUCGUCGUCGAACAGAAAGAGGCAGAUAAUCUCCUCGGAAAGCUCCUCUGACAGUGAAGAUGACAUUAGGCCGAGGAAAGUAUCUGCCACACGAAGACCCAUCCUCACCGAUUCGGAUUCCUCUGAUUAUGAUUCAGAUAUUAAUGUAUAUCCAAAGAGGAAACGAGGGGUGCCUGUCAUUGCAACGGAUUCGGACAGCAGCAGCAGUAGUAGUUCAGGAUCAGAGAUUAUCAGGAGGAAGAGAAGUAAUACGCGUUUACCCAGCGACAUCGAUGAUGAUGAUUCGAGUUGCUCGGAAUGGAGUGUGAAGUCGGUGAAGAUGUCCUCGUCGAAAGUGCCGAUUAUCGAGGACGGUAGUUCUUCGGACAGCGACGGUCAAGCUGACAAAUGUCCGAUCUGUCUGCUGACGUUCAAGAGGCAGGAGGUCGGAUCGCCGAACGUGUGCGAUCAUAUGUUCUGCAAGGAGUGCAUACAGGAAUGGUCGAAGAACGUGAACACGUGCCCGGUGGACAGGCAACCGUUCACCGUGAUCUUGGUCAGGGAUAACAUCAACGGAAAGAUCAAGCAGCAACUGCCGGUGGAGACGAGCAAGGAGCCGGAACCGGAGGAGGAGUACGUGGACAACACGACGCACUGCGAGAUCUGCGGCAGUUACGACCGGGAGGACAGGAUGCUUCUGUGCGACGGUUGCGAUCUCGGUUUUCAUUUGGAUUGUCUGACGCCGGCGUUGGAGGACGUCCCGGCCGGCGUCUGGUACUGUCCGGAUUGCGGGCCAGAGCCACUGGAUCAACAGAGGGACGUAACCAUCUACGAGGUGGAGAUGCUCCUCAACGACGCAUCGGACAUCCCAAGACCUUCUGGUCGCCGAACGCUGCACUCCUCUGAAACUAGAUUGAUUCCUCGGACGCGGCAGAGCGAAAGGAUCCGUGCCAGAAUAAUGACGCAUCGGACGACGAGGACCCGCAACUACGAAGAGCAGGAGAUCCAAGUGGUGGUGAGGCAGCAGCAAGGACCGAGCACUUCGACGGGAACAGUAACGGCGACGAUGUCCACCACAAGCAGUCGUCGUCGAUCCAGACCACUCCAACGCACCAUCAUGACGACGACCACGACGACGAGGAGGAAGAGGAAGAAACGGCGCAAGAAGCGGAACAAUAUCAAGAUCACGUACGAACUGGACGAGGCGACGGGCGAGAAAAUAAAGAUCGAGACGAAGUCGACGUCCACUAAGAGGAAAAGCAAGAAGCGCAAGAAGAAAAAGAAGCGAUCGAGUGCUGCUGCAAUGGCCGCGUCCAAUACCAAAUCGAAAAAGAGGUUGGCCGUCAAGUUGGGCAUUAUGGCACCCAGAUACUCGGGUCAGAAUAUUCCAGAGGUGAAGGUAUCGGACGGAGUGGGCGCUGCGAGCAUGAAUCUGCAGCAUCGGAGGAGUCAGGCCGGUGUGUCCAAUCUGUAUCUGUUCGGUAACAACAACGAGCUGGACGACUUCUGCUCGGACGGUUACGAGGAGGAUGGAGGCAACAAUUACGGUGUGAUGUUCAGCCGGAGACCGAACCAUACGGAUGUGGCAGCUAUGAGACGAGCAACUCAACGCAAGAACAUCAUAAUGCCAUCUCCUGCGGGCAUUUCAACUUCGUGCGACAUCCUCGGCUCGAUCAUGCAAGAACAGAACGAUCUGUUCACCACCACCACCACCACCACGACGAACAGCAGAAGUAAAACUGACAUAAACAGCAAUCGAGUUGAUUCGAGAUCCUCUCGCCCCGCCCAGAACCGUGACGAUGAUACCGCAGAGACUCCGCCUUCCGGCGAUGUGAACAGUUCAAAUCAAAUUAGUACAAAUGAGACGACAGCAGCAGUAAAUGAUACAACAACAACAACCUCAACAACAGUGGCGGAAGACGCUGCGAAUUCGGUGAGCACGAGCGGCCAAGGCAACGAUUUCACCGAGAACAACGUGGAUUACAAUACUCAGUCGACGUGCGCAUCCGACGAAACCUCCGAAGAGUCGAACAAGAAGAAGCGAACGGAUUCCGAAUCAGAAUUGGAUAUUUACAGUGAUAUCGAGACGAGUGUGAGCACGAGCAAGAACGUUGAUCCCGAAAGCAAGACUGCCUCGCCCGUGCCGCAGCAUUCGUUAGUACAAAGUGAUGAUGACGACGAUGGGAACAACAGUGAGUCCGAGUUGAUUAUCGAUACGGAGAAGGUGGAACCGGAAAAGCCGGAGGAGAAACCGGACAGCAAGGAGGAAGCUGUAACAUCAACGACGCAAGUCGAAAGUCGUACCGUCGUCAAUAAUCACGACGAUGAUGAUGACGACGACGACGACGAUGAUAACAAUGAUGAUGAUUCCGACUCGGACGGUUGUCCGAAUUUCUCCAUCUACUCUGCGGAGAGCAUCAACUUAGCCAAAACCACAGAUCUUGACCUAUUGCAUUCCAAUGCGACCGCCACUACAAGCAAUAAUAUUGCAACUGUCCCAAGAACGAUCACACCUCCUGCGACGACGAUAGUUGCAGCACCCAGUAACAGUGGAGACGAUAAAGAGGACCAGAGUGAGGUCGGAUCGACAAGCAUGGAUAAACCGAAGACGAGCAGCAACGAUCUGCUCUAUUCGGAUUCGGACGAUGAAGUGGUCAAGCCGUUCGGCAUCGGUGAUAUUAGGAAUAUGACGGAAGAUAUUAGCGAGGAAGAGCGCAGCUACACGCCGUGCUUGGACGAGAGGAACACGUCUGCGCCUAGAGAGGGCCUGGAAGGUCUGGAGGCAAUUUCCGAUGACGAGAGAAACGAUUUCGAUGAAUCGUUCAAGGCCGUAUCCGAUGGGGACGCCCUCGAGAUUAACGCAAAGGAAUCCGAGUUGGAUUUCACGAGAACGGAGGACUUUGAGGAGGGUGAAAUCGUGGACAAGAGCAAGACUGCGGAAAACAAGGAGAAAACACCGGAGAAAACGGUAGAAACGAAAACGAGCAGCAAGGAGGAGAACAAAGAGAACGAUUCCGGUGAACACAAGGAGACGACGUUCAAGAAGAUCAGCAAGAGCAACAAAGAUCGUAAUUAUAGGGACAAGGAGAAGGAUAAGGAUAAAGAAAAGGAUAAGGAGCGGUCGAGGAGUCGAUCGAGAGAUGGCGGUGGUAGUAAGAGUAGGAAGAAGGACAAGAAAAAGGAGAAGAGGAAAGAGAUUGAGCGGUACAACGUUAGAUCGGUGGUGGGCGAUAAACCGAGGAAGGCGAAGGAUAAAUUCGGACGCGAUAUCAGAAGGAGGUCGAGCUCGAGGUCCAGCAGAUCGGCGAGUCCGCCGUACCGAUCGAAUUCCAGAGGACGAAGAGCGUCGUAUUCGCCGAGACCACAGAGGCCAAGAGUGAGAAGAGCCAGAACAAGAUCGAGAUCAAGAAACAGAUCCAGAUCUAGGAAUAAUAAACGACGAUCGGCGAGCAGAGACAGGAAGAGAACGAGAAAAUCGCCACCUCCUCCUCCACCUCCGAUACGCGCCAAAGCUAAACCGGUGGUGCGAAAGCCUCGUUCGGUGACGCCGCCGAGGAGACGCAGAGAUUGGGAGAGAAGAUCACCGACUCCGUCAAAGUCUAGGACUCCGGAGAGGCGUGUCACUCCCUCCUGGACGCCACCAAUGAUGCUGCAGGAUAAGCAACAGCAGCAGGUAAAACCACCUAAUUUAACGGUGAUACUCACUAAUGAUGCGAACAAAAAACGCAAGGAGAAGCGCAAGGGAGAAAAGAAGAAGAAAUCUAGUGCGACGGAGACGACGGAAAAACCGAAGAAACGGAAACGAAACAAAACUCCGCCGCCGAGCAAAGAGGUCUUCGCAAGUGGUGAUAACAUUCUGGUCAGUGUCAGCUUCAACAAGGACUCGAACGAGGAGACACCGGUGAAACGGAAAAAGAGCGACGACGUGAGCACGAAGAGAACGCGAGGAGCGGAGAAGGUCUCGAAACGCAAGAAGAUCAAAGACGUGUCCAGUAUUAAACCAAUGGCGAUCAUCGAUCUGGAUAGAUCUCCGUUCAAGGAGUUGACUCCUAGCCCGAAGGACGUGAUCGUGUUGAGCGACAGCGAUAAUAACGAAGCACCGCAAACUCCUCCGGUCUGCGAUUCAAGUCAGCAAGUGGAUUACUCGACAGGACCGAAGACGCCGCCAGAGCCGCAGGUGAAGUUCUCGUUGAACUCUAAACCGCAGCAGCUGCGAGCCAUCAACAAUCCGUUGCACGAACCGGACGACGUUGACACAGAGAAUGAUCAGGGAGAGGACGAGGAGACGUUCAAGGGGCCGAACACUCCACCGGAACCGCCCAACUCUCCUCCGAGUUCACCGGACGUCUACGAUCCGUUCGAUCCGACCAAGUCGAGAUCGCCGUCUCCAGAGAACGUGCCCAAGGUCCAAUCCACGACCACGCAGAGCUCGGAGACGAAUCAUUCCGAAACGGAUAACCUGAUGAUCGAUGGUAACGAUAAUUCUGCGCCAUCCGCGACGCCGGACGCGCUGAUGAAGUCGCACACUCCGCCUAUCACAGACAUCCAGCCUGCUGACUCUCAGAGCAACAAUGCCGCCUCCUCAAUGUCGACGGUCGAUGCCAAGCAGCAGAUCAAGACGCCCGAACGCAACAGCGGGCUGAUGAGCGGAAUAAGUCAGGCCCAGUCCAAUUCAUCUGCAUAUUGUCAAUCGACGCCCAUCACCACGUCCACGCCCAUAUCGCAGCAGCCGACGACUCGCAUCAACAUUCUGAACACGACCAUCAUCACACCAACGACGUCGUCCGCCUCGCAGCGGGUCGGCCUCUCCACGACAACAAAGUCCAGCAUAUCCACAGUCAAACCGAGUCCAAGUAAGGCGAACAACAAGAGUGCGAACAUCAGCAAAACACCGACGACCACCAAGAAGACGACGAACAGCAAAGUUGCCAACAACAACCGAAGCGACAGCAAUGAUUCCAACAUGGAUCUGGACUCGCCGUACUCUCCGGGUCCGAGCGAUUACGAGGAUCUGUUCGAGCCGCCCGUGGAGACCAGCAGCAAACAGUCGAAACAACCGAAAGCUACGAACAAGAGUUCACUCGGUAACAGCAGCGCCUCCGCCGCCCUCAGCAACAAGGCUCAGCAGCAGAGCGUAUUCGAUUCGCUUUUCGGUUCCUCUCCAAUGCAUAAGGGCAAAGUCUCCAAGGAUGGUAAAACUAAGGCCAAGAAGCAAUCGUCAACUCCAACCAAAGGCGGCGGCACCAAGAUGGUCGGUGUUAAGGUGGACGAGGAGAGUCUCAAGAUCCUCGAGGAUCUGCCGAAUUCCGCUGUGGAAAUGCAGGUGAAGGAUAAGUUCCUGAAGAAGCUCAAUCGCCAGGAACGCGUCGUCGAAGAAGUCAAGUUGGUGCUGAAGCCGCAUUACAACAAGAAGCACAUUAACAAGGAGGAGUACAAGGAUAUACUCCGACGAGCCGUGCCAAAGAUAUGUCACAACAAGUCUGGUGAGAUUAACCCAAAGAAGAUUCAGAACUUGAUAGAGGCUUACGUGAAGAAGAUCAGGCACAGCAAGAAGGUGACGUCGAGCAGCAACUCCAUGAAUCCGCAGAAGUAGUUUGCGAGGUUUUUGUUUUAUUAUUAUUAUUAUUUUUAUUUUCUUCUGAUUUGUAAAUAUUUGUGAAAUGAUGCGAUAAGUUAAGUACUCGUGAAUGCCGCGACUAAAUGAUUAUAUAUAUUAUAUAUAAUAUACCAAUUAGAGAGAGAGAAAGAGAAACGAAGAAUUUAGGAGGAGGAGGAGGAGUUGUGGAGAUUAGUGUACGCCCAGUUUUGUUUUUCUUUCUUCGAAACUUAGUGAUAGAGGAUUUUAUUUUUUAAACUAAAAUACGAUUAAUUAUAUAA